UGCUGUCACUCCCGGGCCUCCUCAAACUGUAACGCUGCAGCAGCCUGGACAUAAUGGCUGCUGGACGUGCGGAGCUCCCAGGCUGCAGCGUUGCGCUCCCCGUCCAGCCUCUGCCCCGUGGACAGUGUGUCACUGCAACGGAGGUGUUUUAUUAUGUCCGCGGCCGCUGCAGUUCAUGAUGCUGGCCCUUCCAGUGUGUGCAGCGCUGGAAGGACAGGGUGCACUCUCCUUCCCGGGUCUCUUCUAGCCGCAGCUUCGCAGGCUGCUGGGCGUGCUGAGCUCCUGGGCUGCGGCGUCGCUCUCCCCAGCCAGCCUCCAUCCCGGGGACACUGUGGCCCUGAUGCUGGGGAACGAGACCAGCUUCUUGGAGGCCUGGUUAAGGAUAGCCAAGCUGGGGAUGGUCGCUGCCUCAACUAUGUCUGGACACUGGAGAGGGCCCCUGGUGCACUGCCUGGGGGCCAGUUGCCUCAUCACCAGCCCAGAAUAUUAAUUCCUGGCUGGAAUUAGGAGCAACACUCUGACUGACCAUGACUAACCCACCUCAGGACAAGUACAAAGCUGUCUGGCUAAUAUUCUUCAUGCUUGGACUCGGCACCCUGCUACCGUGGAAUUUUUUCAUGACUGCAACAAUGUAUUUCACCAGCCGCCUAGCCGAGACUGAUAACGGGGCGCUGCCUGAAGAUCGCAUUGGUGGAAAUAAGAGUCUGUUUAUGCUAUCUACACCCGCCAAUGACUUCACCUCAUUCAUAAAUGACACGGACGCCAGAGCUCUAGAGCCUCCACGGACCCUACUACAGAGCAAGUUCAACAAUGUCAUGACGCUGUGUGCCAUGCUGCCUCUCUUGAUCUUCACAUACGUGAACUCUGUCCUGCACCGCAGGAUCUCUCAGAAUAUACGAAUUGCCGGCAGCCUGGCGGCUAUUUUCCUGGUCUUCCUGCUGACAGCCAUAUUUGUGAAGAUUAGUUUCUCGCCAGUCACUUUCUUCAUCGUAACCAUGAUCAAAAUCGUCUUCAUCAACUCGUUUGGAGCUCUCCUCCAGGGCAGUCUGUUUGGAUUGGCCGCACUCUUCCCAGCCAGCUACACGGCCCCGAUAAUGAGCGGUCAGGGUCUUGCUGGGACAUUUGCUGCUUUCUCUAUGAUCUGUGCUUUGGCCAGUGGUUCCUCGCUCGAAGACAGUGCAUUUGGCUAUUUUAUCACAGCCUGUGUUGUCAUUUUACUGGCUCUCUUGUCUUACCUGGCACUUGGCAAACUGGAAUUCUACCACUUUUACACUGUGGAAAACCUGAAGACCAGCACCACUAGCAAUGCACAGACCAGCGUGGAGCUGAAGAAAGAUCUUUUAGAAAAGGGUGGAGACGGGCAGAACACUGAACAGUCUAUUCUCCACAUCCUAAAGAAGAUUUGGGUAUUGGCCCUGUCUGUCUGCCUGGUGUUCACAGUCACCAUUGGGAUAUUCCCUUCUGUUACCGCAGACGUGAAAUCCACCAUUGCUGGCAAGUCUGAGUGGGGAAAAUACUUCAUUCCAGUCUCAUGCUUUCUACUUUUCAACCUGUUUGACUGGGCCGGCAGGAGCCUCACCGCUCUCGUCAUGUGGCCUGGAAAGGACAGUAAGCUGUUGCCGAUUAUGGUGGCUGCUCGGGUGAUCUUCCUGCCCCUCUUCAUGCUCUGUAAUGUGGUGCCCCGCAACUACAUGCCAGUUUUACUAGCACACGAUGCCUGGUAUAUUUGCAUCAUGGUGGUGUUCGCGAUAUCCAACGGCUACCUGGCCAGUCUCUGCAUGUGCUUUGGUCCCAAGAAAGUUAAUGUACAAGAGGCUGAAACCGGUGGCGCUAUAAUGGCAUUCUUCCUGACGCUGGGCCUGGCUCUCGGAGCAGCAUUUUCCUUCCUUUUGAGGAUUCUGGUCUGAUUUUCCUGAAACCUGGUGUCUAGCGCUACCUCGUGUGUAAUCAAUGCACCCAAUGCAUAGUGAAAACGAAGCCAUCAGUAUUACAGCGCGUUUCGCUCAGGAUCUGAUAAAUAUAGCCUUUCCUGUAUCACAGCAUCAUUCCCUGAGGUUCUGAUAUCAGUUUGUCCCAUGCCUCCUCCUGCCUGGGCUAUAUCCUGCUCCACCAGCAUCGGGGCCCAUCUCGUAAAGGGGCCCCUAAUUACGGAAUGCCGUAUAGCAUUGACUGUAAAUCUUAUCCAUUAUUUUACGUGGGUGAUUUUACCAUUAACGCGCCAGAGACUAUUCUUGCAGUAAUUCCCCAUGUGACAACAGAAGAAUGGCAAUGUGAGUGACUGCCACAAUGUUACGUGACAAGAUGGCGGUUGCUUAGUCAGGUUGUGUGUUAUUAUUGUAUGACUGAUUCAUUCUUUUCUUUCCAGGUUACUGGAUUAUAGUUUACAGCUCUGAGUGUUAUAUUUGUGCAGAUUUCUAUGUAUUAAUCUCUGGAAUUAUUUACUUUUUUUUUUUUUUUUACUUCAUAGUAAAAUCUGUUUAAAACUUUUGUUCAA